CACAAGUCGAAGAAAUAACUAAAAAGGAAAAAAAAAGGAGAGGAAAGACGGCGAUGGAGUGGGUUCGCCGGAAAACAAUCGGUCACGGAAGCUUCUCCACCGUGAGUUUAGCCACGACAACGGCCGGAAACUCCUCUCCCGCGCUUCCGCCGGUGAUGGCCGUGAAAUCGUCUGGGGUCGUUGGCUCCGCCAUGUUACGGAAUGAGAAACACGUGCUCGACCAUCUCGGUGACUGUCCGCAGAUCGUCCGGUGCUUCGGCGAUGCCUGGACGGUGGAGAACGGCGAAGAGAUCUACAAUCUGUUCUUAGAUUAUGCUUCCGGCGGCAGCUUAGCCGAUUACGUCAGAAAAUCCGGCGGAUCUUUGCCGGAAUUCGAAGUUCGCCGAUUCACGAGAACGAUCGUCCAAGGACUGCGUCAUAUCCACGCAAACGGAUUCUCGCAUUGCGAUGUAAAGCUCGAUAAUAUCCUGAUGUUCGGCGAUGGAGAAGCGAGAAUCUCCGAUUUCGGGUUAGCGAAGAAGAUGGAGAACGAAACGAGAUCGACCAUGGAAGAAACUAGGGUUGAAAUCAGAGGCACUCCUCUGUACAUGGCACCGGAGUCAGUAAACGACUCCGUUUUUGAAUCUCCGGCGGAUAUAUGGGCACUCGGAUGCUCUGUAGUCGAGAUGGCGAGCGGCAAAACGGCAUGGUGUUUGGAAGAAGGUCCAAACAUCAUGUCCCUGUUCUUUCGGAUUGGUGCAGGAGACGAAGUUCCCAGAAUUCCGGCGGAAUUGUCGGAGGAAGGCAAAGAUUUUCUUCAAAAGUGCUUCGUUAGGGAUCCGGCGAAUAGAUGGACGGCUGAGAUGCUUUUGGAUCAUCCAUUCGUAGCCGUCGACGAAGAGAAAUCUUGGAUUUCGCCGAGAGGUCCAUUCGAUUUUCCGGAAUGGAUUUCGGUUCAGUCUUCGGUAAUCGAACCGGUUACGGUUGGGUCGCCGGUUAAUGAUAAGCCAUUCGGGUCGUGGGAAUCAUAUUCGCCGCCGGGGGAGAGAAUCAGGGGAAUAUUCACCACCGAGGAAGCACCUGAUUGGUCAGUUUCAUGCGAUUGGGUCAACGUCAGGUGACGGUGGGGGUUGGGUUUCGUGAAUGAAUGGCAGCGAAUUUAUAGGAGAUUUAAAUCCGACGGUCCAGAUUCAUUUUUAGAUAGCUUGUUGAAGCUGUAUAGUUAUAUAGAACAGAGAUUUUUGGUAGAACUGCUCUGUUGGUUGGUAUAAACGAAAUUUUUAUAA